AUGACACUGUGUGAUUACUUAACAAAAGAUCGUUUAAAGUGUAUAACAAUAGUCUUAGCCUCAUCAAUGAUAAUAUCAAUCAACAAUGGAAUAAUGUAUGUUCCUGGAAUAUAUGUUCCUUAUUGGCGAGAAGAAAUGAAUGCAAGUAGAUUCGAAUUAGAUUUUAUUGGUUCACUACAAAUGGGAUUUGCAUUUUGUCAAGGUUUAGGUAUUGGAAUGUUGUAUAUGAGUGCUGUAGUCGCGGUGACAACAAAUUUUGAUGAAAAACGACCAAUAGCUAUGGGUAUUGUAACCUGUGGUACAGGUUUAGGAGUCUCAUCUAUGAGUUUUUUCAUUCCAUUACUCUUAAAGAAGACAGGAUGGCGUAGUAGUAUGUACAUACUUUCUGGACUAUCUAUUUGUCUUGCUCUGUUUGGUGCAUGUUUAAUAUCAAGAAAAAAUCAAAAACACAGAUCAUCAUCUACUUAUUUUACUGAUGUACUACCCAGAGGGAUAUUUGAAGAUGUUCAACUACCAGUACAAUUAUAUGGUUCAACCAGAGAAUUAAAUUCAGCGAUUAAAUUGACAGAUCUUGUCGAUGUUCGAUAUGGUCAUCAUUUAUUAGGUAAUCUUGGAUCAUAUUUCUAUAUGACACAAAUCAAUCAAAUACAUUUAAAAGACUUAAGAAAGAAGAAAAAAGCUUUAAGUCUAUUGAUUAUCCCUGAAUAUGAUUUGUAUCUAGCAGGAAUGCUACUGCUGUCAUGUGUAUUUAUAGUACCGUUUAUUUUCAUCUACGAUUGGUUAACUAUCAAAGGAUUUAGUGCAAAUCAAAUAUCAAUUGUUUUAUUAAUGAAUGGAGUAUUUGGUGGAUUUUCUAGACUGCUGAUUGGAUUUGUCUCAAAUAUGAAAUGUUCUAAAGUUGUCAUAAUCCUGUUAUUCUGCUUAGGAAUAUCUGGAAUUCUAUCUAUUUCGUGUACAUAUUUUAAUGAACCAUGGCAAUAUGCUAUUUAUUCAGCGAUAGAUGGAAUUUGUUGUGGUGCAUAUAGUGUUCUACAACCACUUGUCUUGGUAGAAAUUCUAUCAAGAGAUCAUAUUACACAAGGUCUUGGCAUACUUUUAUUCGUCUGUGGUUUAGGCUAUCUAUUCGGUGUCCCUAUCCUUGCAAUGGUUUAUGAUCAAUGGAAAAGUUAUGAACUAUGUUACAGGAUAUGCGGAAUAGUUUGCCUUAUAGCUAGUGGGUUAGUAUUCACUAUGUGGAUGUUAUCUUAUAGAAAGGUAAGAUUAGAAAUAGCUGAAUUAAAAUUGAAACAAAAUUUGGAGAGAAGUUAUCAGCUGUACGGUAGACGUCAAACUGACUCAUCAACAAGUACAAUUCAAUUGAAGGAUAUUGAAUAG